AUGAACAGUUUCGAGCCACAAAGCCAAGACUCUAUGAAAAGGAGGCUUCACCGAGACAAUAUAAUAACCACACAACAACCUCGUGACACCACGACAAUAACAACAUCCUUCAUGACCAAACCUCUUUCAAAAAUCCCAAAUAAUAGCUCAAGCUCCGGAGCCGCCGGGAGAUUCCCAGGGUUUGCUCUCAACGUCGACGACGAUCUAGUUUCAUCUGUGGUUCCUCCUGUUACGGUUGUUCUCGAGGGACGUUCGAUUUGCCAACGCAUCAGCCUAGACAAGCAUGUGAGUUAUCAGAGCUUGGCUUUGGCUCUGAGGAAAAUGUUUGUCGAUGGGGCUGAUUCGACUUCGGAGACGGACGAUCUUGAUCUUUCCAACGCUAUUCCUGGCCAUCUUAUUGCUUAUGAAGACAUGGAGAACGACCUCCUUCUCGCUGGUGAUCUUAGUUGGAAGGACUUUGUUCGUGUAGCGAAGAGAAUUCGAAUCUUGCCGGUGAAAGGGAACACAAGAAAGGUCAGAAGAAACGAGUAAUGAGAA